CGGAAUAAUUACAGCGCAGGCUCAACUUCCGGUGUUUGUGUAGCCCGCUUUUACUCGAGCGGUUGUUUGGGCUGUUUUGUCACAACUUUUGUCUUUAAAUGGCUGCGUUUGAUAAAGUUAUAUUAAACUUUGAGUCUUAACAUUUUUGGUUUGUGUUCCUUCCUUUUUUGUGGGAUACUAUGUUCAAAACGAUGACGGAAUUUGGUCCAGAUUCCGGAGGGCGUGUAAAGGGAGUGACAAUAGUGAAGCCAAUUGUAUUUGGGAAUGUUGCCCACUACUUUGGGAAGAAGAGAGAGGAUGAUGGACACACGCAUCAGUGGACUGUUUAUGUGAAGCCUUACAGGAAUGAGGAUAUGUCUGCAUAUGUGAAGAAGAUCCAGUUCAAGCUCCAUGAGAGCUACGGAAACCCACUAAGAGUGGUGACUAAACCUCCCUAUGAGAUCACAGAGACAGGCUGGGGGGAGUUUGAGAUCAUCAUCAAGAUCUUCUUCAUAGAUCCCAAUGAGAGACCUGUGACUCUGUACCAUCUGCUGAAGCUGUUCCAGUCUGAUUCCAGUGCCAUGCCCAAGAAGACGGUUGUCUCUGAAUUCUAUGAUGAAAUGAUAUUUCAGGAUCCUACAGCUAUGAUGCAACAGCUGCUAACUUCAUCCAGACAACUCACCUUGGGAGCCUACAAACAUGAGACUGAGUUUGGUGAGCUAGAGCAGAGAACCAAAGAGAAACUGGAAGCAGCCAAGAAGAGGACGAGCCAGGAAAUCGCAGAGUUAAAAGACAAACUGAAAGCCAGUCGAGAAAACAUAAACCACCUUAAGACAGAGAUCCGAAAACUGGAGGAAGAUGGAGACCACAAAGAACACUGAGAGAUACACAAACAACCAUCUUUACUUUUUCUGUCCCCAUCCAAGUUCAAAUUUUUGAGUUUUGUUUGUAAAUGUGCUUUUUGUUAGUAGUUUAGCUUUUAUAAAGUAAAUGCUGUCUACCACCAUAAAUGAUGUGAACUAUGUGAUAUUACAGGAUUCAUGUGUUAUCCUGUUAUCUUCUUAUCUGCAGAUUCAUGAAAUGUCAGAAGUAUAUAUUCAGCUUGUGACGUAAUUGGAUUGUUUCUUUAUUUCAGGAAUAACUGAUUAGCAGGUGGAAUGACAAACUUAACUUGAAAGUUUUUUUUAUAAAGUGAACUUCUUUCGACCUUGA